AUGAAUGUCAUACAGCGAUUUGACUUUCUGGAAGUCAGUCGCACGGAAGACUUGAUCUUUCCUGAAAAGAUCUUGGCGUUGGGUCGUCGAACAUUGGAUCGUGACAACGAUAAUAGUUAUCAGGAGGAUAAUGAUGUAGUGUCAUCUACGAGAAAUCAUCACUCGAAAGUAUUAGCAAAUACUUCUUCCGAUACGAGACCGACUCAUGAACAUCGUCAUCAUCAUCAGCGUCAUCAGUUAAAAGUAAGAAUUGAGGAAAUGAGGCAUUCGCUCGCACCCAUGGAACUGGCAGUCCUUGAAGGAAUCGUGGAACAAGGAAACGACGCCCAAGUGGAUCUGGCGCACGAGCGCCUCAAGCGUGCUUUUCCUUCGACCCUCGAAAACAUGAUGGUAAUCAACAAUAAUUCAUCUCCAGUAGUAUGCAAAGAUGCAUCAUCGACGCAUCAUCGACGUCAUCGUCAUCAUCGUCACAAAUCAUCCGUCCGGCGCGUCAAUCUGUUAAUGCAACGCCAGGAAAAUAAUGCUACCCACAAUGGCAUGUUCCAAGCCAUGAUCCGAACGCGAUGGCAAAAUGCUGGUAAGAAGGUUAUCUAUGCAAGGCGGUUGUUACAACAACAAAGAGGUCGACAUGUCGUAUCUCCUGGAAGCAUUGAACUAGAUGGCCAGAUAGCAACAAGAGGAGGUAACGUAAGAGUACAAGAUAAUAACUGGCCCAGGCAGCAUGAGCGAAGAACCAAGACACCCGCGGAAAUGAAAGAUAUCGCACUUUUGGCCAUCAAUGCCGCUGCUAUUGAGAGUGCUGGAUUACUAGAAAUAGAGACGUCUCGGUCCGCAGAAAACAACAAUGCUGGUAUUGUGCCAAAUUACGCCAAUAAUGCCGAAAACCAAACAUACGACCCAUGGGAGAAAGUGGACGAAGAUUUCACAGGCGUUCAUUUCGAUUUCCAUAUUAUUGGCACGAGUGCGACCGACUCGGAAACAAUGCCACAUGUCUUGUCUCCUCCCGUCAUGCACCGUCUCCAAGAAGCCUUGCCCUACAAUAAGAAGGGCGAGUCCUUUUGGCUGAAGUAUUCCUUGGUCCGAGAUGGCGCCUCGCUGACCACCUUUUUGAAUAAAAUGCGGGGCACGAAACAUGCCAUUCUAGCGAUUGAAACGGUCGAGGGUGAAGUCUUUGGUGCCUUUACGGGAGAGCCAUGGCACUUGGAUUUGAACUAUUAUGGCUCGUCCGAGUCCUUUGUGUGGCGGAUGCGCCAUCAUCGCGGUGAGAUUUCCGAAUCCAUUGCCGAACAAGCCAAGCGUGAAUCCGAGAUUGACAUUUUUGGGUACAACCGAAGCCACUAUGAGAACAGCAAAAGCAUGGUCCAACUGUGUCAAAGUCAUCCUUCUUGUCGACUGGCAAUAGGAGGAGGGAGCUGCCACUACCCACGUGGUCUAUGUUCUGGUGAGAUUAUCCAGCCAUAUCAAUGGGGAUUUUCCAUCGCCUUUGACGACAACUGCUUGUUGGAGGGGACAACGUCACCGUCGAUUACCUUUUUAUCUCCAUCAUUGUCCGAGUUUCAUAGCGAUGGGUCCAAAUUUGAAGUUUUGAAUUUGGAGGGUUGGGCAUUGACUCCUUGCGUGAGCGUCGGAGAAGCAGAGAUUAUGGAAUGCCGCAAGACAUUUCUCGAACGUGAAUCCUUGCGGUAG